ACGCUCGCCGUCUUCAUCGCGCGGAGUCGGACGCGGCCACGAUGAGCGGCGAGUUGCUUCUCUGGCUGCUGGCGUUGUGUGUGCUGCUCACGGUCGUGGUGCAGCUGGUGCGCUUCCUGCGGGCCGACGGCGACCUGACCCUGCUGUGGGCCGAGUGGCAGGGGCGCCGCCCAGAAUGGGAGCUGACCGAUAUGGUGGUGUGGGUGACUGGAGCGUCAGGCGGGAUUGGUGAGGAGCUGGCUUACCAGCUGUCUAAGCUGGGAGUUUCUCUUGUGCUGUCUGCCAGGAGAGUGCACGAGCUGGAGCGGGUGAAGAGAAGGUGCCUGGAGAACGGCAACUUAAAAGAAAAAGAUAUACUUGUUUUGCCCCUUGACCUAACUGACAGGAGUUCCCAUGAAAUGGCUACCAAAGCAGUUCUCCAGGAGUUUGGUAAAAUCGACAUUCUGGUCAACAAUGGUGGAAGAUCCCAGCGUUCUCUGGUUGUGGACGCCAGCCUGGAUGUCUACAAGGAACUAAUAGAGCUUAACUACUUAGGGACGGUGUCCUUGACAAAGUGUGUCCUGCCUCACAUGAUCGAGAGGAAGCAAGGAAAGAUUGUUACUGUGAAUAGCGUCCUGGGUAUCAUAGGUGCACCUCUUUCUAGUGGAUAUUGUGCCAGCAAACAUGCUCUUCGGGGUUUUUUUAAUGGCCUCCGAACUGAACUUGCCACAUACCCAGGUAUAAUAAUUUCUAACAUUUGCCCAGGACCUGUGCAGUCAAAUAUUGUGCACAAUGCCCUAACUGAAGAAGUCACAAAGGCCGUGGGCAAUGGUGGCGACCAGUCCUAUAAGAUGGCAACCAGUCGUUGUGUGCGGCUGAUGUUAGUCAGCAUGGCCAAUGAUUUGAAGGAAGUCUGGAUCGCAGAUCAGCCUUUUUUGUCGAUGACCUAUCUGUGGCAGUACAUGCCAACGUGGGCCUGGUGGAUAACCAACAAAGUAGGCAAGAAAAGGAUCGAGAACUUUAAGAGUGGUGUGGAGGCAGAUGCCUAUUUUAAAAGCUGGAGGGCAAAACAUGACUGAGGGAGUACUUGCAUUUUUCAAGCCACUGGAGGCAGAAAUGGAAAACAUGAAAACAGCAAUCUUCUUAUGCACUGAAGAAUAACUUGUGAUUUUACUUCUUAAUAGAUACAACUUUCCUUUCAAUGUGUAAUAAAUAAAAAAUUGCUAUGAAUCUUGCAAUAAAGAUAGUAAUACAUACUA